CACGUAGACCGCCUUGUAGAAGGGUUUCAGCUGCGAGUCUUUCCUAGCGGUCCCGAGAGUGCAUACCAGCACGUUCGCAAAUUCUAUGGUUUGAGAGCUCUGGCGGAUGCGGUUCGUCCGAAGAGGCGAAGGGUAGUGGUGAAGACCGGAGUCGGCCGAGGUGGAAGCUCGUCCGUGGCGGUCGGAGAUAUUGGCGUCUCUGUUGCUCAACCGCCGCCGGUGCAGCCUAUGGCGGCUCCAGCUGAUGUGUCCGGGAGGAGAGGCUCCAAGAGGGUGGCUGAGAAGACCGCUCUCGGUCAAGCUAGCCAAAGAGCGAAGGCAAGUUCUCCGCCUCGGAAGGCGGCUGGUCGGGGAAAGGGCGUGAAGCGCGGGGAGGAACAGAGUUCUAUAGAGGUGUCGACUCAGGCGGCCACGGAUGGGGAGGCGGCUGAGUUUGCUUUGCACACUAUUAGUGAUCAUCUCGUUAUGCCUUCCGAGUACACCCCUUCAGCUUUGGACAGUCACAGGAGACUUGCAGAGACCGCUUCGCGGUUCUUCUUUUCGGCUCAGAUUGGGUUCUCGCAGGUCAUUCUGUUGAAUGACCGCCUGUCCCGGACUGUGGAGGACAAUGCCGUUGAGAUAGCGAAACUGAAGAAAAGCGCCGAUGAAGGGCGGGAGACUAUGAUGGGUAAGUUGAGACCGCAGGUAAAGCGUGAGUUUGAGGAGCGACUGGCCAAGAAGGAGGAGGAGUUGCUGGCCGAGAAGGGGGCGGUCAAGGCUGUCGGUGAAGAGAGGGACCGCUUCCGCGAGAAGGCCCUAAAGUCUGCGGAGCUGGAGAAGACCCUGCUGGAAGAACAGGAGGCGCUGCGGACAGAGCUGGCCGCCUUGAAGAUUGAGAAGGCGACUUGGGAA